GAAGUUCCGGGAGUUUUUACUGACCUGGACAUAUUUUUUUCAAAAACCUGUAUUUCGUCAGGUAGUAUUUAUAGUGCUUUAUCAGAAUAAAGGAAUAAUUUCAUCCUCCAUGUGAGGACAAGUGAGGCAUGCUGCCUAAUGGCUUGGCUCCUCCCCUUUGCUGUAACGGGUUCCAAACUGAACACCUGGUUUCCCCAGCCUCAGUGGUCGAGGGCGGGGUGACUGCUCUUUUCAGCCCUAAGCCGACUACAGUUCCCAAGAUGCUUUGCUUCACCCGUACCCUUUUCUCAACUUACAUCCCGAGCGGCCUGAUGGGAAUUGCAGUUCCUUGCGAGGUACCCGUGCAGCCCUUGGCCAAUGAGAAGGAACAAAGUUUUGAAAGACUUGGAGUCGGUGCUGGAGACGAAUUGUCUCCAGAUUGUAGUUAGUCCUUUACACUACCCCAACAGAGGAGAGAAGGGACAGAAGAGUGGCUAGAAGAGUUUUAUCGGGACACCCUAGGAGUCUUAGAUUGUAGGUAUUUGAACUCUCCGACUUUAAGGUCGUCCCUUGAACGUCACUUCCGCUAAGGGCGGCCACAUCCCAAAUCUGUGGCGGGAGUUGGAGAUUUUGCGGCGACUGCAGCAGGUGUGGACGUCUAGGAGUGGCGUGUCGGGCAAGUGGUUAGUUUCUGGCGUGGGGAUAGAAAGAAUCAUCAUGCCUCAAGUUCAUAAUGUGAAAAAGUCUCUCACGCCUCAGAUUGCUUGUUUGACAAGUGAAUCUUACAAGCAACUGGAUUUUUUGCCUGACAAACUAAAAGCAAAGCUCCUUCCAUUCCAGAAAGAUGGCAUUACUUUUGCCCUCAAAAGAGAUGGCAGGUGUAUGGUGGCUGAUGAAGAGAAUAUCAACCAGCAAAGUGACAGUUCUGGGUUAUGGUCUUUUAACCACAGAUGCACAGAGUUUGAUAGAUGCAUUGAAUAACCAGAACUUCAAAGUAGUGAUAGUGGAUGAAUCACACUACAUGAAGUCCAGAAAUGCAACCCGCAGCAAGAUUUUAUUGCCGCUAGUGCAGAGAGCCAAACGAGCCAUUCUUCUUACAGGAACUCCGGCUUUGGGAAGGCCUGAAGAGCUCUUUAUGCAGAUUGAAGCUCUCUUCCCCCAAAAAUUUGGGACGUGGACUGACUAUGCCAAAAGAUACUGUAAUGCACAUGUCAGAUACUUUGGUAAAAGGUCCCAGUGGGAUUGUAGAGGGGCAUCAAAUCUUAAUGAGCUGCACCAACUAUUAAGUGACAUAAUGAUUAGAAGAUUAAAGACUGAAGUUUUAACCCAACUGCCCCCUAAAAUCAGACAGCGUAUUCCCUUUGAUCUUCCAUCAGCAGCAGCCAAGGAAUUAAAUGCCAGCUUUGAAGAGUGGGAAAAAUUAAUGAAAUCUCCAAAUUCAGAUGCCACAGUGACUGUCAUGGGGUUGAUUACACGCAUGUUUAAGCAGACUGCUAUUGCCAAGGCAGGAGCUGUAAAGGAUUAUAUUAAGAUGAUGCUCCAGAAUGAUUCACUUAAAUUCCUGGUUUUUGCACACCAUUUAAGCAUGCUCCAAGCUUGCACGGAAGCAGUCAUUGAAAACAAGACUCGUUAUAUUAGGAUAGAUGGAAGUGUUCCAUCUUCAGAAAGAAUACGUCUGGUCAAUCAGUUUCAAAAGGAUCCUGAUACUCGGGUGGCUAUCCUAAGCAUUCAGGCUGCUGGCCAGGGUUUAACAUUUACCGCUGCUAGUCAUGUCGUAUUUGCUGAGCUGUAUUGGGACCCUGGACAUAUAAAACAAGCAGAAGAUCGUGCUCAUCGGAUUGGACAGUGCAGUUCUGUGAAUAUUCACUACCUUAUUGCCAAUGGAACUCUAGACACUCUUAUGUGGGGAAUGUUGAAUCGUAAGGCUCAGGUUACAGGGAGUACAUUGAAUGGUAGGAAGGAACGACUUCAGGCAGAGGAAGGAGAUAAGGAAAAAUGGGAUUUCCUGCAGUUUGCUGAAGCUUGGACUCCAAAUGACUGUUGCGAAGAGCUCAGGAAGGAUGUUUUGUUCACUCAUUUUGAAAAAGAAAAACAGCAUGAUAUUCGAUCAUUCUUUUUACCGAAACGUAAAGAAGGACAGCUGGUGUCCUCCAGUGAUGAAUCAGGGAUACUCCAGGAGAAAAAUACGGUAGCAGCGUCGGACCCCAGAGAAAGAGCUGCAAGAGAUAUCUCUGAUUGUGAAAGUCAUUUUGAACCUGAAGCUAAAAAAUUGAAAUUGGUCACCACCAAUGACUGUGGCAGUCCCCCGGAGGAGAAGCCAACAGGGUCCAGACAAACCAGAGCUCCACUCAUGGAAGGUGUCCACAAGGCCAAGUUCCAGUCAACCGAGACAUCCCUUCCUGGAAAAGACUGGCAGUGUGGUUUCUGCACCUAUAUCAAUAAUGCAGUGCUACCUUAUUGUGAAAUGUGCGAGAACCCCAAAGGCAGAGCUGGUGAGUCCUGGGAAGGUGUCCAUGGAAGUUGGUCAGAUAAUCUGUUACCUACUGUUGCCAAAGGUAACCUCAACCAUAUCCAGGAUGAAAAGAAAAAUGAGAAAGUUGAUUGUCAGAAAGACCCACCUGAAGAAGUUCGUGCUAGCUCUGACUGUGGAAACCAAGUCUGUGCUCAGCCAAACCAAGAGUGGUUGACCGAGAGUAAGGAGAAAACUUCCAACCUUGAGGGACCAGAAGGACUCGCACUCCAGCCAGAGCAAUUGAAGAACACAGACACAUUGCCAGUAUAUGAUACCUUAAUGUUUUGUGCAAGUAGGAAUACUGACCGGAUCCACCUCUACACUAAGGACAGAAAACCGAUGAACUGUAAUUUCAUCCCUCUGGAUAUAAAAUUAGACCUUUGGGAAGAUUUACCAGCAAGUUUUCAGCUGAAACAAAAUCGUUCACUGAUUUUGAGGUUUGUUCGAGAAUGGAGUAGUCUAACUGCCAUGAAACAAAGGAUAAUAAGGAAAAAUGGGCAGCUGUUCUGUAGCCCAAUCCUUGCUUUGGAAGAGAUCUCAAAGCAACAAACCAAACAAGAUAGUACCAAAAGAUACAUAACCAAAGAAGAUGUUGCCAUAGCCUCGAUGGACAAGGUGAAGAAUGAAGGGGGCCAUGUCCGGCUGAUCACAAAGGAAUCCAGGCCAUGGGAUCGUUCCACAAAAAAUUUUUUCGAAGAUGGAGCCUGUGUCCCAUAUCUAAAUCCCUGCACCGCCCAAGCUGAUCUCACUGCGAAGCCUUCUUCAUCCAAAGGCUAUUUGCAAGCUGUGGAUAAUGAAGGAAAUCCACUUUGCCUCCGCUGUCAGCAUCCCACUUGCCACACUAAGCCAGAGUGUAAAGCAAACGCUUGGGAUUCACGGUUUUGCUCUCUGAAAUGUCAGGAAGAGUUUUGGAUUCGAUCUAAUAACAGUUACCUGAGAGCCAAAGUAUUUGAAACUGAACAUGGUGUGUGUCAGCUGUGUCAUGUGAACGCACAAGAACUCUUUUUACGUCUGAGAGAUGCUCCUAAAAGUCAGAGGAAGAAUCUCCUGGAUUCUACCUGGACUUCAAAGCUCCCGUUAGAACAGCUAAAUGAAAUGAUAAGGAACCCGGGGGAAGGACAUUUCUGGCAGGUGGAUCAUAUCAAGCCCGUGUACGGGGGCGGCGGACAGUGCUCACUGGACAACCUGCAGACCCUCUGCACGGUCUGUCACAAAGAGAGAACUGCCAGACAAGCCAAGGAAAGAAGUCAGGUGAGAAGACAAUCUCUGGCAUCAAAGCAUGGAUCAGACAUCACACGAUUUUUGGUAAAGAAGUAGAACAUUCUGUGAAUGGAUGACAAAUGGUUUACGUGUGGGAGAAUUGAACACAAUUUUUUUUUUCAUUUCUGCCUAAAAUUUUUCAGAAUGAAAAUCAAGAAUUCAGAUUCUGGUUGUGUACUAAGUACUUUCAGUGUUAAAUACUUUUUGAAAGUACUUAACAGAAGCUAAGUAUUCCUGUAAUCUUGUUGAUUUCAUGCACACUGCUAGCUAUGUCUCACAAGCUUUUGUUAAGUUGUCAUUUCCCCUGAUAUGUCUUAAUCACUGUGUCACACAUAGCAAAUGUUUGAAAACUAUGUCCUUAAUUACCAGAAAAAUGCUCUGGGCUAGUAUCAGUUCUGGACUGUCAUAGGUCUAACUGGGAGAUUGUAAAAAAGAAAAACUUAGGGGGGUAAAUUAUCAUUCAGGAGUUCUGAACCAAGCGUGAGCAGCCAGCUCAGUGUGUAAGAGUCUCAGUCACUGAACACCUCUAAAAUGGGCUUGGGGCACGUUGUGGACAUAGUCUGUGUAUCAAAAAAUUAAAUAAAUCAUACUUUUGAUAGUGAGACAACUGUACUGAUCAUGUUUGCAGGUAAUCUGGAAGUUCUGAAUAAAGUUAUUAACUAAAAAUAUUAAACAACUGAAAAUAAAAAUGUAAAAUGCCUCUUCAGCUUCAUUUCUAAAGUUUUUUUUUUAAUGCAUAAAACUAGGCUUAGUGUCACAGCCACCUUUGUCUC